GCAUAGCUGGCAAUAUGUCUUCAGUAGUAAUAGUCUCUCUCUCUCUCUCUUUUUUUUGGCAGGUAUUUAAUUAUGAUUUACACUGAACUGUAAAGAGAUGAAAGAAACAAAAUCAAUCAACAAAAUCAAUACCUUAGGAAGAUUGUCACUAUGUAAGGAUGAAGUGCUUGUUACAAGAAAGCAGCUGCACAGACUGGAACAAGAUUGUUCAAGUUACUGAACAUCUGGAGAUCAUAAAGGAUUUAUUCUUGAAACAAUGGCAACAAAAUCAUCACUCCUUAAAGUAAUCCUUUUAGGAGAUGGAGGAGUUGGAAAGAGUUCAAUUAUGAACAGAUAUGUUACUAACAAAUUUGAUACCCAGUUAUUCCAUACAAUAGGUGUGGAAUUCUUAAAUAAAGAUCUGGAAGUGGAUGGACACUUUGUCACAAUGCAGAUAUGGGACACUGCAGGCCAGGAACGGUUUAGGAGCUUAAGGACUCCUUUCUACAGAGGUUCUGACUGUUGUCUUCUCACUUUCAGUGUAGAUGAUUCUCAAAGCUUCCAAAAUCUGAGCAACUGGAAAAAAGAAUUCAUUUACUAUGCAGAUGUGAAAGAGCCUGAAACAUUUCCUUUUGUGAUACUGGGUAACAAAGUUGAUAUAACUGAGAGGCAAGUAUCUACAGAAGAAGCCCAACUCUGGUGCAGAAACAAUGGCAACCAUCCUUACUUUGAAACAAGUGCAAAAGAUGCCACUAAUGUUGCGGCAGCUUUUGAGGAAGCUGUUCGAAGAGUUCUUGCUACUGAUGAUAGAUCAGAUCACUUGAUUCAAACAGAUACGAUAAAUCUUCAUCGAAAGCCCAAGCCUAGUUCAUCAUGCUGUUGACUAUUUAGCUUUAUCCCUUGGUCCAAUAUCAUUCUAACUUAAGCAGAAAUAAUAAUAGAAAAUUUGAUUCAGCGGAUGACACUCUAAUAUAUUAAACUGUAAUAUUUUACUGCUUUACUGUAUGUGCUGGCCAGAGGAGAGAUUCUCUUCAGUAAGUGACCUAUUGCUAAGUUAAUAGUAUCUGACAUUUGGGAAAGGUAUUAACUCAAGAAUUCAUUUAAUUUAAAUGUUAUUUGAAUAAUAAAUUAUAUACUGAAACUUGAAAGUUCUAGAAGCACUACUUGGGAGACUUGUUCUGAAAUUCAGAUGCAGAAUAAAAAUUUUAUAUGUACAUGUAUAUUUUUGAGGUCACCAAUCCAUGUUUUGCUUCACUAAAACCUUUUUCAUAAAGCAAUACUAGCAGAUAGUACAUUCUUACUCACCAUUGCAUCUUUAAUCUGACUUUUUUUAUAAA